GUUUAUUGAAAAGAUAUAAACCUAAAGACUUGAGAGAUUUCGAAGAAUAUUCUAUUAUUCAAGUCUCUUUUCAGACGUUCACCUAUAAAAAUUACAGAGACGGGAUGGAAUAUUACGGUACUAAGUCUAAAAAAUAUUUAAAAAUAUCUAAUAUUGAUGAAAAUGAAAUCAUUGAGCAUUUAAAAGAACUGGUUUUCGAUGAUUAUGUA